GCCAAUCGGUGCGGGGACGAUGGGUUGCCGUUGGAGACGCGGGCCGUCGGCGGUUGUGGGAAAGGCCGCGGCAGUGGCGAGGGCUUGGCCUGUGCAGUGAGGGAGGCAGAGGGACAGAGUGGGUAAACCUUGGGAAAAGUGUGGUGGGGGAGAGUGGAUCCCGGCCCUGAGCUUCCAGGGAAAAGCUGUCAAUCAAACUCUUGGAGGGGGUUUUUUGGGGGAAGGUGAGAGAUCCUUCCCACUCGCUUCUGCAUUGCAACUUCAAUAACAUCUGAGGGGGAAAGAGAUAAAAAGCAUCUAAAAAAAUGCUGGCAAACUGAUAAUAAAUUCUUGUUGCAUGUGCACUGCAUUGGGACUAUCUGCUUUGAUAUCAAUAGCAAACUCCCUCUCCUUACACAAAGAGACCAAAAAAAGAAAAUUAAGCAUUUUAUCUUAGUUUUGGGGUGACCCAUCUUCAAGUUUGCACAAAGGGGGCAAUUGCGGUGCAAUCUUGUUGCAUAACAUCAGAUCACACCAGUAUUGGGUUGUUGGUUGGUUGAUUGGUUGGUUGUGGGAUUGGGAUGUGGUAAAGAAGAUCAUUUCAGGUACCCCCUCACUUGAAAUUGGGGAAGUACCUUGGAUCAGGCGCUGGCUACCCCUGUGCCACACGUCAGGCUAUUUGGCAUUGAUCGGUUCGAAUUUGGGCCCAUCUUGGGUUCUGGAAAUCUGCCAAGAGAGUUUACCCUUCCCUCUGCAAAGCCCGUGGGCUUAGGAAUUGUUUCUCUCCCGACUGUUGGAGCACCGGCAGGAUGACCUCAGCAUCAACCAAGGUGGGCGAGAUCUUUUCGGCAGCUGGUGCCGCCUUCACCAAGCUCGGAGAGCUGACCAUGCAGCUGCACCCAGUGGCUGACUCCUCACCGGCUGGUGCCAAGUGGACGGACACGGAGAUUGAGAUGCUGCGUUCGGCCGUGAAGCGCUUCGGAGAGGAUUUAAACAAAAUCAGCACCGUCAUCAAAGACCGCACCGUCGCCCAGAUCAAGACCACGGUCAAGCGCAAGGUCUACGAGGACAGCAGCGUUCCCCUCCCCUCGGAGUCUCCCAAGAAAGUGCAGAAGAAGGCGGCGACGGUGGGGGCAGCAGUCUCGGCGCCAACCACACCACCGGCUGCGACGGCGGCUGCAGCCGCCGUGGGGAACACACCACCCACAGACCCAUCGGCUGUCAAGAAACAAAAGACGUCUGAUGUGACGCUCAGUGCCCUCAAUGACUCCGACGUCAACAGCGACCUGGUGGACAUCGAAGGACUUGGAGAUGGAUCGCCAGCUAAGAAGCUCAACUUUGACCAGGACAGUCUGAAUCUCGAUUCCAGUCUCAUCAUGAGCACCUCGGACAUCACGGUCUUGUCUCGUUGAACCUUCAUCUCCUCCUCUUUCUCUGUCUCUCUUCCACCAUUCAGUUUCUCCCUGACGGUCUCUCCAGAGAUGUGCCGCUUCGGACUGAUGCCCGCCAGCUGAAUAGUCAGGACAACAGGAUCCCCAGUGAUGCCCAUCGCCACCUGGUCAUGCCUCCUCGAGAACAUCGUUCGUGACUUUUUAACCAGCUUUUACACCGGCAGUUCUGAGGGAUUUUGUUUUAGAAGUGUAGCAGGUAUUGAUGGAUUUCUUAAUAAAAGACAAAAUACUUCACA